CCUGGCCCGAGAUUCCUCCUUUGGUUUUAGUUCUUUAUGGGCUUUAUGCUACACUCUUAUUGGACUCUUUUACGUUAUUAAGUUUUGUAAAACUCAACAUCUUAGAGAGACGAUCAUCUUAGUUGAAGGCGAUAUCGAAAACUAGGGUUAAUAGUCUUCUUCGAUCUCUGGCCAUCCAAACCAACAAUGGAGUUUCAAGAGAGACGAAACGUCGUGAAUCUCUGUGUCAAGCUUCGAUCGUCUCACCUUCUAUGAAAACCAGGAUGGUUACGGAACUCGGUUGUUUCAAUAAUUCAAAUUAACUUCCCAAUUAACUCCAUCUUCCCACUCAUUCCACGAUUUCUGAUUCACUGCAUCUCCCUUUCUUCCAGCCGGUGAAUCUGCAACUAAUUAUAGGUGGAUGGCGGUGUAGGAAUGAGAGCUGAUUGCAUACGGAUCAGGUGUCUGUCUCAACGGAGAGCCAUGUCUCGGUUGUUUACCUCAAAGUGACGACAAAAGCUGUGGCGAGAAGCCAUGUGAGAGACUGUGAUUCGGGGACGGUCAGAAAUUUCCUGGAGGAUGAUCGGCAUGGAGUUGGGCGUGUAGGACCAUCAAUUCAGGAAAGGGAAGAAAAUUCUGGAGGAGAAAGGGAUCAGUUUGAAGCAUAAGCUCAACCCGAGUUUGAGCUUCCAAGCUUAUGGAAUUUUCAGAGAAGAGUAAAGAUUUAGAAGAAACUAUGUUUGUGUUCAGGACCAUUGGUGAAACAACAAGGAGUAUGACCUUAUGAGCUAGAGAGAAGGCUACACGAGCUCAUGGUGACAAGACAAAAAUAUGAGAUAAAAGAGAUGCAGACUGCAUUGGAAGAGGCUAAGAUAAGGCUUCAUGUGACAGAGGCUGAAGCUUCUUGGUGGAAAGUCACCGCAUAUAUAGUCUCUAAACAUAUCGUCUUCUAUAGUGGAACUGUUAUUGUUUAAUGGUUUACAGCAGGUUUCAGAUAGGAUUUAGAAGAAAGUAGGUUCAGACAUAUGUAUUCAGGGCCAUUGGAGGAACAAGGAGUGUGAUCUCAUGAGCUGGAGAGAAAGCAAUACGAGGACGAGGAGCAAUAUCAAAGCUGUGUGUGAGAUCGAACGGACGAGGAGCAAUAUCAAAGCUGCUGAGAUGCGUUUGGUCACUGCUAUGAAGAUGAAGGAAGCUGCUAGAGCGGCUGAAGCAGUUGCAAUAGCUGAAAUCAAAGAUGUCACCAGGAGAAGAAGAACAAGAAAGAUGUUGCAGGAGGAGAUUCCUGAGAAGAUAGAAGAAACGGCUCAAGAGAUUAAAAGCAACAGGAGGACGAUUGAGGAAGGUCUGGAGACAGUGAACUCCGCAAAAAUGAAAGCAGGAGAAGAAGAGACACAAUGGCAGUGGUCAGAACGUAGGAGGAGAUCAUCAUCUUACAAGGGCAAGUACAAGAACAGGAGAGAGACAGUUCUGAUGGAUGAAAACGGUCUGGAUAUGAUGAUGAAUGGAGACGGGACAGCAUCUUCAGUUACUGUCUUGAAACCAGCGACGUCUAUUGGGCAGAUACUGAGCAGGAAGGUACUUCUUGCGGAUGAGUCAGCGAUGAUGAUGAACGGGAGAGUGUCCUUGGGUCAGAUUCUUUGAAAGACUAAUGUGGAAGAAAGAAAUGGUGAAGGGAAGGAAAAAUAUAAGAGGGUCAAUGGGAAGAGGAAAAAGUUCGGAUUGGCUAAAUUAUCUGUGAUGUUGAACAAAGAGUGCAAGAAGAACAAGAAAAAGAAGGUAGCUUUGAAUUUAAACUAAUGAAGCGAGUGACUGAGUUUUUUGAAAAUGGUUAAAUCUCUUAUCUUAGGAACUGUUAUGUGUUUGUGUGUGUUAAGGAGAUAGCUAUUGGUUUAUCAUAGUAAAAUGUAGUGUCAUUUGUUUUUAAGAGUUUUCUAUAUUAUAAUGAGA